AUGGACUUAUACGCUGAGGAGAAGAGGGCCAGGCUGAAUUCGGACAAGGAAGGGAGUAAAUCUGUCCUGAUUAAACUAGCAGACACUGCAAGUACGCCCGAGGAAGCAUAUAAAAUCAUACGGGAAAUGAGCAAGAAAAAAGGGCAAAUUAAAGCAUCCUUACAGGAGAUGAUACUCCAUGCGUACAGGAAGUACGAGAAGGCGUAUAACAUAAGCGUACAGGACAAUUCGUACAGGACUCCACAGGAUAUAGAUAUAAAUACUAUCACACCGGAUAUACUCCAAGAAGAGACCACCCCACCCACGGAUAACCCGAAUAUAACCCGAAGUACACGUACGGGCAGUACAGUAAAUAAGCCUACUAGUACAAGUAUAAGCAAGACCACCCAUAAACAUACAGAAAGUGACCGUGUACACCCUAAGGACACGCCAGGAUCCGAUCGUGAGAAUCCUUCAGUAAGUAACCGAGUGUCUAAGAGUGCCACAGGAUCGGCAGUGAAUGAGAGUGGGCCAGUGAGUACGGAUACGGUCAAGCUAAGCAGUGAUGGUGAUUCGGUAUUUCUAAGGUUUAUACUGUCGGUGCUUGAAGUGGUUGAAGGAUCGAUCGAGAUGGAAGAUUUACGCCUGUUCCUGACGGACUCUGUUAAGCAGAUGUACGUAAGUGCAGGGUACGUCCAUGAAGCAUUUAUACUUAUAUACAACGUAAAUGCCGAGACGUUCUCGUCCCUUCCCCAGGAGCACGUCCUUGCGUACCAAUUAGAGCAGAUGCGACUGGCACUGUUAGCCAGGGACUAUCACCGGGCCCGGCUGGUUGCACUAAAGAUCAGCCGGAAGCAGUUGAUUGCCUGUGGGUAUACGGUUCCCUUUUGGCGCCGGAUGCUUUUCUUGCAUGUCCAGUCUGGGGACACUUCAUCUGCUGCUGCUGUGUGCAAUGCUUUACGUGUGGUUGAUGAGGGUGCUCGUGUAUCUUCUGUGUAUCCUGUUUUGACGGUUAUUUUUUCAAUUUUGAGCAUUCAGGAAAAUUUUGAAAAAAGUCGUUAUUUAAUCCGAUUAUCCGUUAAUUCCAAGAUGGCUCAGGAGGAAGAUGUCCUUUUUGGGAAGUAUUUCCUUGAGAAUAUUCAGGUUAACCCAGAAUUAUUACAGAAAUUACUGUAUCAAGUGGGUGAGAAGUACAAUUUACAAUUUUUACAUGCAUUUCAGUUAGAUUUUGAAAAAAUUUGCGUAAUUUACAAUAUUUUUGUUUUUUCAAAAUAUUUUUCAAAAAUUUCAUUAGGAUCACUACUUUCCACGCUUAGUGCAAGAAGUUCUACAUUAGAUGAGUCAGCGGCUCUUUCAAUUUUAGAGGACAUGAUCCGUAAGGGGAGUGUGCACAGCAGGAUAAUUGAGAAUGCCGGGAUUGUAGAGUUCAGCAAGAACCAGCCGGAGAGGUUCCUAUCAGAAAAAGAAAAAAAGAGAAUUUCAUCAGGAAUGGAACUUAUGGAGAUAUCAGUAGAUGAAGAUUCUUCUUCAGCUGUACCAAGAGUCUGUUCUGGUAAAUCAGAAAGUGUAGAGGACUGGAGUAAAAAGAUAAAUUCCUGUUUAGAUGGAAUUAUUCGAAUCACGCACAGCAUGAACAAUGUAUGAAAUAAAACAACCCGAA